AUGCUGGGGCUAUGUAAGGGCCGGAGAGAAGUUCUACCAGCCAUGUCCUACAUAAGGCUCUCAAAUCCAUUAGCAUACGCAAAGAAAACCUUCAACAGCGAUGGGACAUGGUUCCGUCAUCCAGACACAAACAGAAUUUGGACAAACUAUACCAUGUGUUACGACCAAGCUCUUGUAGACCAACACAAGCAGGUGUUGUACAUGUACUUCUACGGCUUCAGUAUCUCCAUCGUAUUGCUUAUUAUCUCCCUUAUCAUAUUAUCAAUGUUCAGACAAUUAAAAUGUGUCCGUGUGAGCCUGCAUAAGCACCUGUUUGUCUCGUAUGUGCUGACUGGGGCACUGUGGAUGCUCUUGUACACUUGUGAGAGUCAUAUAUGGUGCCAAGUGUUACACGAGCUAACGCACUACUUCACAGUGUGUAACUAUUCCUGGAUGUUCUGUGAGGGAUUCUAUCUACACGCACUGAUGGUCAUCGCUUUUACAAAAGACAAAAAGCUGCUGCUUAUAUGUUACCUAAUAGGCUGGGCGUUUCCUUUAUUACCCACCAUUAUUUACACCAUAUUGAGAGCGCUAAAUGAAGAGGAUAGGGACAGGUGCUGGACAGGUGACACGAAUCUCCACUGGAUUUUGGCUGGUCCAAUUAACAUUUCCCUUGUUGUAAUAUACAUACUUUCCAUCAAUAUAAUGCGCAUCCUGUUGUCAAAGCUACGCUCUGUAAACAAUAAUGAAACCAUGCAGACUAGACGCGCAGUACGGGCCACUCUCAUUCUGAUCCCCCUACUUGGACUGCAGUAUAUCGCCUUUCCCUUUAAACCACCUCCGGGAGCGGACGGCGAAUACGUCUACUCCAUGAUAUCAGCCUUCUUGGUGUCAUUCCAGGGUGUGUUUGUGGCCCUUGUGUUCUGUUUCUUCAACGGCGAGGUGAUACAAUGCUUCAAGAAACAGUACAAUCGCUACAAACUCCAAUCGGUCGGGCGUCGUCGGACCUUCUCCGGUGGUUCAGCCAGCAAGUUUGCGGAGCGUGAAUCAAUGGUGCGCACGAAGGAAAUGGCUUUAUCAACCUGUGACGACAAUCCUAAAGCGCCGUCUACAGGAAUUUGCAUACACGCACCAAAGAGGUUCAAGGAAGGCCGAAAGACGGUGGAAAAGUACGACCUUGAUAUUCACAUUGCCCGAUAUGUCAAACGGGAAAGGCGUCCACAAGCGUACUGUGUGCUCUCCGAUGCCCUGUAA